AGGCGCACGACUUUUUUUUUAUGCUCCCGACUAACGAAUUACGUCAUGUCGCGGCGGCACGUACCGCUCGGUGCAGCCUCGCGACUGGUGACAUGGCGUCACCGGGUUUUUAAAGCGUCACGCAUAAGCGUAGCGACGUCAUCGCGGCGCAGAGCCGCGAACGCGAACUCGAUCGAAACGAACAAAUUAAAGGGACGCGGAUUUACAUUCGCCACGUCGCCCAAUUCUUCUUUAACGUCCAUAAACGCGGCACCUCGUGUGUUCUCGGCUCUCACUUGGACAACUCGAUGUAUUCCAGUAACUUUCGGCGCUUUAUCCUGGCGGCGAUACAAACGAGAACGUGAUGCGUCGAAACGCUGAUUUGCAUACGGAGGGCGCAGUGUGGGCUCCGUGAGUGGACGAUCGCAGAGGCCCAUGUGGCAGGAGAGAGAGAAGGGGGAGGUGGUGGUAGAGUGGACGAGUUGGUGGUGUUCGACGUGAGUCUCGGGCCCUCUCCUUCUUUUGGGAGGUUCCUCAAGAUCCCCGGCCGGCCCCCCCGAUGUUUGUGUUCGCGCUGUCGUAGAUACCCAGUGACUGCUUCCCAAUAAGAAUUAGACGUGCAACAACAACUCAACCGAGAAGGAGCACCAGUAUUUCCGUCCUGGGCUGCACUUCUGCCGCACAGAGUGUCACUGGGAGCUGCAAGGUUUCUGCUGGAGGUUUGCCGAGGAGAAGAUGUGGGUGUGGUGGAGAGCGUGGAGCGUGGGAGCCGUCGCGCUGGCCGUGCUGGCGCUGCAAGCCACAGCGGCCGAGCGGCCCGACAGCCUGCUUUUGGGAGCCGGGGCCAAGGGCAAAGCAGAUGGCAAGAAAGACACGGCCGGGACUGACGACGGAGAGAUCCCAGAGCCGCCCAGGAACCUUCUGUGCUACUGCAGCCAGCACUGCCCUCCGGAAAGUGUCAACAACACCUGCAGGGCGAGCGGCUACUGCUUCACGAUCGUGGAGGAGGACGACGCCGGGGAGGUGAUCACAACGGCCGGGUGCAUCCAGCGCGAGGGCUCAGAGUUUCAGUGCCGGGACUCCCCCAAGUCCCGGUUCCGCAGGACCAUCGAGUGCUGCGUGGAGGGCAACUACUGCAACAAGGAGCUACGGCCAACGCUGCCGCCACCUGGGGCCUCCAUCGGUUUCCUGGACUCGAGCGUGCACCGCCUGGCCCUCUUCAUCUCCGCUGCCAUCUGCUUCAUCGUCCUUGUCAUUGUCAUCGUCUUCAUGUACUUGCGAUACAGGCGCCAGGAAGCGAGGCGCAGAGGACAGAAGUGGCCGGAGCGCGAUGAGCUCAUCAUUCCCCGCGGCAACACCCUGGAGGAUCUGCUGGAGGAGUGCCAGAGUUCUGGCAGCGGCUCUGGGCUCCCCCUACUGGUGCAGCGGACGAUCGCGAAGCAGAUAGCGCUGGUGCGGGAGAUUGGGCGUGGGCGCUUUGGCGAGGUGUGGCAGGGCCGCUGGCGUGACGAGACUGUGGCCGUGAAGGUUUUCUUCACCACCGAGGAGGCCAUCUGGUUCCGCGAGACGGAGAUCUACCAGACGGUGCUCAUGCGUCAUGAAAACAUCCUUGGCUUCAUCGCAGCCGACAUCAAGGGCACCGGUUCGUGGACCCAGCUGCUGCUGGUGACGGAGUACCAUGAGAGCGGAUCGCUGCGCGAGUAUCUGCGCUCCUCCACCGUGGACGGCCGCGGCGCCCUGCGACUCGCCUACUCGGCCGCCUCGGGGCUGUGCCACCUGCACACCGAGAUCCACGGCACGCGCGGGAAGCCAGGCAUCGCGCACCGGGACCUGAGUUCACGCAGCCUGCUGGUGAAGCGCGGAGGCACCUGCGUCAUCGCCGGACUUGGCCUCGCGGCCAAGUACAACAGUGAAACGAACGACGUGGACCUGCCGCCGACACCGCGGUUGGGGCUGCCCCGGUACUGCGCCCCCGAGGUGCUGGACGAGCGACUGCACAAGCCCAACUUCCAGGCCUACCUCAUGGCCGACAUGUACAGCAUGGGGCUCGUCCUGUGGGAGGUGGCGCGCCGCUGCGUGUGCUCUGGCACGGUAGAGGAGUAUCAGCCUCCCUUCCACGACAUCACCUCGGCAGAGCCCUCAUACCAGGAGAUGCGUGAUGCCGUGUGCGUCAAAAGGUUGCGCCCCCUGCUGCCCAACCGCUGGAACUCUGAUGAGGUCUUGCGGACGCUGGCGAAGGUGAUGGCCGAGUGCUGGGCCCACAAUCCGUCGUCGCGGCUCACCGCCCUACGCGUCAAGAAGACCCUCGCAAAGAUGGCGGAGGCACAGGAUGUCAAGAUCUGACGGGCCGCCUCCUCUGUGCAUGCCGAGGAAACAAAAACAAUAAUAACCUGAUUAACUUUUAAAAGCUAAACAAAGCAAGAAGAUUUUUUUCCCGUGGUUUUAAUAUUUAAAUAUCUAAUAGUUGGCAUUUUCUGCACGAUCUCAAGCGGAGGGCAAGAGACAUUUUACGUUGAAGCAUUUUUUUCCAUCAGCAAAAUGUUGCCGUUGAAGCCGCUGCCCAUUGUGUGUGGUCCAGUCGGUACAUAUCUGCGAGUUGAUCAUGUGACAAAGCACUGACACAAACUGCGGUGAAAUAACAUUUGCUUUUGCUCGGCUCUGCAUUUGUCCACUGCUGGAUGUUCAAGGAAAACUGUGCUUAUUUUGAAUGAAGUUCUGCCUCUGCAAGUUCCUUUGCGAUAAAAACAAAAAAACCCAACAGUUGAGAGAUACCACGAAGACGGUGAAGAUGGUGGAUGAAUCCCAAAGUGGUGCCUGCCUUUCAGUUGGGUUGGUGGCCUGACUUCCGCCGCCGAUUAAAGUCAUAGCCGUGCUGGAGAGGUUACUUCGUGCAACUCAGUUGUGCUGGUGUGUUCGCAGUCUCGUCACAGUGGAGUAUUGUUUCAGGCACUAGUGGAAACACCUUGGGCUACAGGCCUGUAUGGUGACUGAAUGAUUUAUUCCCAUUUUCUUUUGUGUAGCCUUUAGAUUGUUCUACAAUGCCUCGCUGUUUAUUAACUUCCUCCGUAAUCACCGCAAAAGCCUGCAAACUUCCGAAAGAAGAAACAUCGAUCAUUGGAAAGUCAUUCAAAAGUUCUACUCCGUGACAUCGAGUGAACCCCGAACCCAUUCUGGGUUUUGUUUAAUUCUUCCACAGCACUGUAAACAGUCAAUUGUUUUUAUCGUCAUUGCAUCGAACGAAAACUCCCUUCUGAAAACUGGAAAUGGACCUUAUACUUGAAUUACAUUUUCCUGGUCAUGCGUUUUAAGGCCAUUACAGACGUCAACAAAGAGCUCGGGUUUUGUGUUAACACCUUCAAGCCGAGUAGCCGCGUUUCGUAUUUCCUGCCAGGAGUUUGGCGAUGACAGCUUCGUGUUUGGCCUGUCAUGUGGAAAACGUCAUUCGACAUAACUUGUGAGGUGGCAUUCAGUGAAAAAAAAGUGCUGCAGUGUUUGUGUUUUUUAUUGAAAAAUUUUUUUUCCAUUAGUGAAAAAACACGUUUGCUUUCAACAUGGAACACUUGUCCUGAAAUUGGUGUUAGUCGAUGUGAGAGCUCGAAUGGCGCUGGCAGUGGGAUUGUUCCAGCAGCUGUUGUCGGUUUACUGGCCUUUAGUAAGGCCGAUUGACCUCUCCAAAAGAGGUUUUUUUGUGUUAGAUCGCAUAAAUAUAAAUGUGUUGUUAAACCCACCACCACCCAACACAGUCGUUACUAGUUCAGCACACAGUAACGAAUUGGCAUGUUUUGUUUACGUGACAAACCUUACUAAUUGGCUGUGUCGGGUGGUGGCGAGUUUAACAACACAUUUAUGCGAUCUCACCCAAACACCUCUAUUAUAGAUAAUAAUUUUGGUCGCGAAAGCCUGUGUUAAACUGAGUGACCUCUGUGUGCGCACCAGGUAGCAGCCCGCUCCGGUGGCAACGUAAACUAAGCGGGUGCAGUCACUCUCCUUAUAAACCUUCGGCACGAAAUAUCAAUGUGUGUUCGAGGCCCCAGACAUUUAAAUGAUUCAGUGAACUGUUGAACUUUGCAUUUGAGUUCAUUUUAUUUGUUUCAAACAUGAUCCCGUUUUGCCGGUUGCUUAGCUGUUUUACCAGGUCGAUCCGUGGUGCGUGAGCACAGCAACAACAAAACAACAAGUGCAUCGAUAUUGCAGAGAACGAGUUACUACAGGGUCCCUUCAGGAAUAUUGCACAACUAACACAGGGGGUAUUUAACGGUCGUAAACAAAACACGUGAAAAUAUUUUAAAAAAUCUUGAGCAGGAGGGCACCAGAAAAAAAGUAGGUGCAAGUAGCAAAGUUUUUGAGCAAAUUGCAUUUUAAUAGGAAUAAGGAGGCACUUGUGAGGCUACAGGAGUGAGUUGGAGGAACCGAGUGGUUACUUAUGUAAUUGUUGGGUUUGUUUUAAGAGGACCUUUAUGAUGAAAACAGCCCAUUGAUGGUCUCUCCGGGUAUCCAGGGGAAAGAGAAUUGCGUGAAUGUACAGGUGGCAGUGAUAAUUUCUAUAGGGCACUUCGAGAGCAAAAUGGAGAUCGGAGUGAUAUGUAUGAAUGUUGAACUUCGGCACCGUACGUAGCCAACCGUGCUAAUCGGAUGUGUUGGAUGUAAUGGAAUGAGACGUUUUAAUGUAGAUUCAGAAGCUAGGCAGUAAUAGCAGUGUGUGCAACACAGUACCAACGCACCAGCGCUUAGCACCCUUCUUGCCAAACGAUUCAUCUUGAACUGGAUUGUGAAAGAAAAGUGUGUCGUGGUCUCUUGUUAUUUCAGAUUGUUAUUGUGCUAACUACCCUGUUUGUGUGUAUGUACGUAUAUAUGUGUUUCCGCUUUUCUCUUCAAUCUGCUUUUGUAAACUUACGUUCGAGUGUAAAAUGUUGAUGAUAUUGAAUUGGCACUUGCUUUGCAUAAUGCAUUGUCCUUUGAGCUCCUUUGCUCGACCCUUACAAAUGUCAACAUGCACACACAGCGAAUAAUGCGAUACGAUACGAGUAGCCUGCGAUGUCGAACUCCGCUUACAGCCAACCCAUCCUGGAAUUAGUGCAGUGAGUGUGUGCGUGCGUAUAUGUGCCCACAUUGUAAUUAUACUAUUCAAUGCCGUCAAGUUAACAAAUUAUUCAGUGUCUGAUCACAAAGGUCAAGCAGAUUCAACAUGCUCGUGAGCUUCAGUUUUUCAUGAAAUCCCUCAACAUUGCCUGGCAACUCGUGCUCAGUGCUCUGAAAGGGAACCUAUCCUGCAGCAAGCACCGUGGUCACAUCACCACCCCUGCUUAGUGGCGCGUGGCGUCUGCUCUCGAUUCCCGUUGCUGCUUUUGUUGUUGCGUCCUUAAUUGCUCGAAUCACCCACCACGUGACCACGGUUUAAAUUAGGUCCCCGCGGUGGAAAAUUGCAAACUAAUUCCCAAGUUUACUUUCACAUGCAACACGCAAUGGUACUCUACGCUAUUAAAGCUAAUACGUUUGUAAGACGGGAAUGAGAGCGAAACGGAAAUGCUUACCUUGCCCCCCUGCUCCUGUAGCCCAUGCAUGCGCGGGGGGACAAACGCAGAGUCGGUUACCGGCUCCGGGAGCGCCGCGGGGCCUUCACUCCCCCGCGCUCGUCUGCCAGGCAUGAAUGAGAGCACGCCACGUGGUGUUGUAUCAUGUACAUAGGACUUGUAUUAUUUUAUAUAGAGUUUGUAUAUUUUUUCACUAUUGGUUUAUAGUUCGUAUAACAGUUUGCGUAGCUGCAUUUCCAAAGACCGAGGUGGGAGGGGAGGGAGGGUGGAAUUUCAUAGUUGAAAAGAAGCACGUUGGCCAUUUGUUAAGCAAACCUCUCGGUGACAUCUCCUGAUUUGAUGUACUAUUAAGCGGUGCACACGUAGGCGUGUUUUCGCCGAGUGUUUUAUACCAAUCGUGUCUUGGGAGUUUCUCAAACUUGAAUCCUAAGUCUCAUCCUGGUCACGUUUGGUUAUCAAUAUUUAUCAAAUCAGACGUCAACAUGCCCAAUUGCAUUAAUGCCACCACACCUCGCUAUUACUUCUGCCAGAUCCUUCAGCUCUUUCAAAUCCAACAUUUGACUGCAGAUGUCUGUUCUUCCAGUAUCCUACUGAAGGAGUUUUCCCUUGGUGUGUACCACAAAGGUUUGCUGGGUUGAGAUUUUGCUGGGUACAUUUAGUACUAUGCAUAUUGCCUUAUAUACAAAUUAGGCAACUGCACUCUCUACACGCUCCUGAUUGGUCAUGAGGAAAAUAAUUUGGAUAUGUGGGUCAUGGGGAGGCACUAAGAGGGAGUUUGAGAGUCACAAAAUUACUUUUGCUGAAAAAGGAGUGACUAAUAUAGAAUUGUCCAGUGUGUGUGUGUAUACAGCAGAAGAGAAAGUAAUUGCGGAACGGUUGACUGAUUUUAUAUGUGAAUACAGACCUUGUUAUUAUAUUCAGCAUUGUAUUGAGUUCUUUAAAAUAAAGCAUCAAGCAUUGGCGUUGCUAGCUCAUGCUUAGAAAGUGCAUACCGUUUAUUGGAAAAAAAAUAUACCUUCUUACAAAAGCAUAACGUUGUCCAUGAUGAGCAUUAAUCCGGCAGCUCUGGUGCAGUCACUGGGUGUCAGAGUACAAAUCCUUUAUUGCCUAAGAGCCGUAAAGUUCCAACGUAUCUUUGCAGGCACAGUGCUCUCCUUUGUUACGGCUGUAUCGUGAGGGGUGGUCUUAUUGGGAUAUACUGCACCAGCACUGUGCGAUAUGCACUUGUUUUGAGUGACCAGCCACGAGGAUAACCAAACAAAUCUGAUGAGAUUUGAGGCAGGGCCUGCAGGCUGAUCCUCUUUUUGGCUAAAAUGUUCUGGUGUCUCCAUAAAUGGCAUCACCGAGGGCGUUGUGUUGUGCUCAUUUUGUCAAGAUGUGCAUUUAGCCCCGAGUCUAUGAAUGUAUAUGUCCAUUAACAUUGGACACCCAAAAAUCACUCUGCUUCUACAAACUUGAAUUGAUGGCUGAUCAUUUUAAAUGCCUUGAGCAGCAGGGCAUCGGGUCUGAACCACGUGACAAUGCAGUGCCUGUACGUGGGCCCUGAACAAAGCCUAGUGUCAAAAGCUUCUAAAUCUCAAAAUAGAAUUUGCUUACAUUUCAGACGUUCCAACUUAUCCCUGGCAAUGAUUGUUGCAUGCGAGCUGACGCUAAUGAAAUCAACAAGAAAGAAAUACAGCUGAAUAAGUUGAUUUACUGUGGUUAUUAUGGUUUGCUCAUCUGGAGGUGUGUAGUGAUAUCUGGAUAAAUGAUGUCAACGUACUAUUGCUUGAAUAUUAACCCAACACGUCAAAACGUCAUCUCUCGCUCCACCAGUCAGCUCUUCCUGUUGUUAUCCAUUAUCGGUCGUGUCUGACGUUACAUUAAUUUACCUUAUGCAGUUUUGCUUUGAUGAAUAUUGGGUGAUCAUGUGACGAUGACUGUACUUGCAGUGGAGCGGAAUGGAAGUUCAGAUUUGAGCCUUUACCCCCAUCUGUUAUCCCCCUUUCAACUACAGCUCCACACUUUAAACUUGGCUGCCUUUGGAUCUUUAAUUCAUUGCCUUUUUAUGCUGCCUCAAGUAUAAAGUAAAUGUUUUAACAUGAACCAUUACCGGACAUAUACAAACGAUAUAUCCCCCCCCCCUCCUUCUUAUGAAUAUGUUAACAUAGAAAAGCAACACGUUACGUUGGGCCCAUACUGUAAUUACUCUGCUGUAUGAAUAGUAUUGGAAUAUGUUAUACGCCGUGUAAAAUGCGAUGUACAGUUCCGUGCUCACGUUGCUCAUGAAUCUCCGUGUGUGUGAAGUCCGAGCUACUGGUGCCCGCUUGCCUUGGCAUCAUUUACACCCCACGUGUGAGUCGCCUGCAGACUGUUAUUUGACAUUACCCUUAAUUUUUGUUUAGUUUUUUAAAAAAGGAUACUGUAAUAAUAAAUGUUUGCUCAUUUUCUUUUGA